UCUGUGUUGACAGUUAACUUGACGUUUAGUAUAAAUUACAAAGCGGAUUGAAAAAUAAUUCCACUUCAUCGAAAUCAUUUAAAUUUGUAUCAAAUCUAGUGGACGCUUUCGGUGUUUCAUUCUUGUUUCGGAAAUAUUAUCCGUUUGGGUAUUAUUUGUAACCGCAUUUGUUUUAUAACGUAAUAGAAAAAUAAUAAAUAGAGAAAUUUCUCUUUGCUGUAAUUGUUUUUUCGACAGAUAUGUGUUGGCAAAAAAUAAAAAACAAUUUCACUGUUGCAGUGUAGGUUAAUGUAGUGUGGUCGGAGCGGCACAUCUGCAGCUGCGGGCCGGCGCCAUGUGGCGGCGCUGGCGGCUGGCGGCGGCGCUGGCCGCGGCGCUGUGGCUGCUGUGGGCGCUGCGCGCGCGCGAGCCGGCGCCGCGCGCGCUGGUGGCGGGGCGCGAGCUGCCGCUCAUCUUCAUCGGCGGCGUGCCGCGCUCGGGCACCACGCUCAUGCGCGCCAUGCUGGACGCGCACCCCGACGUGCGCUGCGGCCAGGAGACGCGCGUGGUGCCGCGCAUCCUGCAGAUGCGCCAGCACUGGCUGCGCUCGCAGAAGGAGAGCGUGCGCCUCGAGCAGGCGGGCGUCAGCAAGGCCGUGCUGGACAACGCCAUCGCCGCCUUCUGCCUCGAGGUCAUCGUGCGCCACGGCGAGCCGGCGCCGCGCCUGUGCAACAAGGACCCGCUGGUGCUGAAGAUGGGCACCUACGUGCUGGAGCUGUUCCCCAACGCCAAGUUCGUGUUCAUGGUGCGCGACGGGCGCGCCACCGUGCACUCCAUCAUCACGCGCAAGGUCACCAUCACGGGCUUCGACCUGACGUCGUACCGGCAGUGCCUCGCCAAGUGGAACCACGCGGCCGAGCUCAUGCUGGCGCAGUGCCGCGCGCUGGGCGCGCGCUGCCUGCUGGUGCGCUACGAGGCGCUGGUGCUGGCGCCGCGCGCCACCAUGCGCGCCGUGCUGCGCUUCCUGGCGCUGCCCUGGGCCGACGCCGUGCUGCACCACGAGCGCUACAUCAACCAGCCGCACGGCGUGGCGCUGUCGGGCGUGGAGCGCUCGUCCGACCAGGUGGUGCGGCCCGUCAACCGCGACGCGCUGGCGCAGUGGGUGGGCCGCCUGCCGCCCGACGUGCUGGCCGACAUGGCGGAGCUGGCGCCCAUGCUGUCGGUGCUGGGCUACGACCCGUGGGCCAACCCGCCGCGCUACGAGGCGCUGGCCGACGCGGCCGAGGAGCCCGCCGAGCCCCCGCCCUAAUAUACGCGUUGCAUCCUUCGUAGCCUUUCAUUUGCGUCCUACCACGCGAGCUAGUCGCGUCUGCGAUCUCACCUCUUUAGUAUGGCAGCUAUGGCCUAGAAUUCGGGAGCGAGCCCGGGACGUCGCCUUCCGAGUUUGAGCUCAGCGCUGCGCCAGCGGCAGCUGGGAGCGGUCGUUGUCCAAUCGGCGACUUAGUGAAAUGCAAUUCCCCGAAAUCCCAGUGUUUGUGGUCUUAACGGUUUUGAAAUGGUUUGAAAAAGAACAAACCUAACGCGAGGGGCCAGCGAGCGGUGGACAUUGAACCGAACUUCCCUUUCAUUAUAUGAUAUUAUAAAUUAUAAUAAAUAAUAUUUAUUUUCGUUAUUAAUAAGUAGAAUAUUCUGUAUUUGAUUUGACCAUAUUUGUUUCCUUUUUAAAUUCAGUAAUUUGAUUGGAAACCAUCCGGUUUCCACUCUGUUUUCGGUCUGGUUGUAAACCCCAAUGUCUUGUAUGUAUGAACUGCCGAAUGAACGAACGAAACGAAAGUAAACUCUUCCAGCCCAGACAGUUGCGGUGGUUCCACAGCGACUAUGAGCAGGGUUUUGUUUAGGAAAUAAUUAGCAUUAAGUUGCUCUUGCAUGACUUAAUCGUGUGCUUGUGUUUGUGUACUCAUAAACGUAGUAUGUACAUAUCGUGUUGAAUAAUCUGAAUCUCAUUUUGUCUUGUGUCUCUGUAAUUACGUUAGCUCUAUAGUAAGAGGAUCGCAGAAAUUUAAAAACAAAUUAAAGAUAUUUAUUAUGGUUCUUA